AUGGCAACCAUUAAGUUGCCAUUCAAAGACUCCUCGCUUAACAUCACGCUGAAACCUCUCCUUAAACGGGUUUAUUCAUGCGGUAAAAGAGGUUUCCAGCCAGAGACCGGGCGAGGCAAAGACCAGCGUAUAGAGGCGGAGGACAAGCGUAGGGAGACUCUCUCCGCACACAACAUUGUUCCCUGCCCCGAUGCAAAAGAUACUGCAAUUGUCGUGGGAGCAAGAACACAAAAGAAAGAAAAUGUUGUUGCAAAAGACAAAGCGCUGGAGGCUAAAGCAACAUCGGGGAAGAAAUAUGAGAAUAUCAACACCAAGACAGGCAAACACACCCGCACGUCUAUAUCCACACGCGGACACCCGACUGUUGUAUCCGAACACACAAUAUGUCCUUUUGCGCCAUCUUAUAUGAGACCACUCUAUGUAACGGAUAUCGCUGGAGGAAAAGCUCCGUUAGAACACAAGAGUGAUAACACUGUCAAUAUCGCCAUGGCUCCGAUCCUCAUGACAGAAAAAUUCAUGAUAGCUCUGCUCUACGAGGAGAGCUUCAAGCUGGGAGAAGGGUCGUUUGGCAGUGUGUAUCUUGUCAAAUACGAGGGCCAGCAGGCCGCACUCAAGGUGGGGUUUUCGCAGCUCCAAUCCGAGUCCUUCAGGGCUGAGCGCGAAUUCCUGCAGGAGUUGAAUGGCGCGGGAGGCAGUCCGCAGGUGCUAGGAUACUGCCUGGACCCGCCAGCGCUGCUCAUGACCUACUGCAGGGGCCUGGACUUGCUCGAGGUGGCGGAGGCUCAGCCGAGCGACGGCAUAUGUCUCAGCAUCGCCCUCAAGGUGUGUCAGGCCAUGAAGGAGGUCCACGAGGCCGGCAUUGUCCACUGCGACCUCAAGCCGGACAACAUCCUGGUGGAGAUGAGCGAGAAGGGCGAACCGCAGGAGGUCCACAUCAUCGACUUCGGUCUGGCCUGUCGCUUCGGCCACACCUACCGCCGAAGGAUCAACAAGUACGAAUAG